AUGGCUUCUUCAACUUACUCCACUUUAGCAUUAACCCUUCUAUUGAUCGUCCAUCUCACGCCGGAAACCACCGCAUCACGCCGUCUGAAUGAAAAUAAUCCUCCGCCGUCAAUUCAUCAUACGUUACCGUUUGCCCCUGCACCGUUAAUCCAAGGGUAUAUCCCACCGCACUACCGCCCGGGCUACCGCUGUCCACGUCUCCGUCGUUUCAUCUUUCCUCAUUUCCGGUGCUUCAAACCAACGCUUCCGUGA